AUGCGUGAGAAGGGUGAAGGAAGGGAAGGAAGGAGAGAAGAAAAUGGUUCCCAGAAGGAUCGUUUAUGCUUGCAGACAGGGACAAGUGAAGCAUGCAUUCGACGGCAUAGUGAUAGUGCGGUUGUUCCAAAUUUCGGCUGCCCAAUAGGAUUGGAAACAAGGGGAUUGCGCAGUGUGAUCUUUGAACAUAUGUAUAAAAGUAAUUGACCUCCCGACCAGCCUACCUACCCACCAGCUGAGUGUAUUUUGGAGUUCUUCACAGGCAGGGACAGGGAAGACAGAUUAGGGUACACCCAUAAGCGAUUUUCGUUCACUUCAGGGAACCUUGUUGCUCUCUGCUUUCCCUUCCCCUCCAAUCUACUCCAAACUCCAAGUGUUGUCGUCAACGCUGUUCUAGUCAUUGCUAUCAGAGGAGCCGAGCAAGAGAGGCCGGUCUUUGAUCAGUGUGGGCUGCCAGCAAUGACUGAGGCGGCAGCUGCAGCAGCCGCUUACGCAGCCAUUGCAAACAACGUUGCGGUAAUCAUGCGUAGUAGUAAUGGGAGUACGUCGCCAUCGUUCUCGUCACAACAGGCUUAUUCCAUUGAAUCGAUCCUGAAACCCGGUAAUUCGGAAUCACCAACAUUGAAUGAAUCAACAAAUACUAUGGAAAAUCAUUCCGUCCCGCUUGCGGAUGGCGAGCCAACCAUCUGAUUAUUAACAGCGAAAUUCUUGAUAAUAUUUGAGACCCAAGUACCACAAAUAACUGAGAAAAGUAUAGAUUAUAGCCUACUAGAUACGAAGGACUAUAUUUCAUUGAGCUUAGAAUUUUCCAGUUCGGUUUGCCAUGAUGAAGCAAGUGGUCGGCAUUAUGGCGUUAUUGCAUGUUUCGGUUGCAAGGGUUUCUUUCGUAGAACGGUUCGUGCUGGGAAAAAUUACGUAUGUCGUUAUGAGCAGAAGUGUAGAAUUGAUAAAGCUGGUCGUAACGUUUGUCGAUCUUGCCGUUUUCAAAAGUGCCUUCAAGUAGGAAUGGAACCUGACGCAAUUCGACCCGAUCGUGAUAAAACUGGCAGACAGAAAAAUCCACGCAGAAGUGGCUGUGAAAACGGUACAGCCAAAAUGUCAACAACUUCUGCAUCCGGAGAGCUACCAUGUGUUGCAUCUGACAAAGACGGCGUUGUGUGUGAUGAUGCUCGAACUUGCACUCGAUCCUCCUGUAUGAACAGCACCUCAGGUCACCCGAAAUAUUCAGCGCCCGUUGGUGAUGAGUCCGUCUUGGCAACACUCUGUGAAAUUGAGCAUAUAUGCAAUCAGCUCCGAGACGCUCAUCCAGUUAUAACGAAGACUUCCAUCACCCUUAUUGAGGCUGUUUUUCGUCCUUCACUCAUCGUUUCACGAUCUCCGCUGAUAUUCGAUGGGUCUUUGGGUCUUGCUGGCUGCAAAGAAUAUUUUGAAAAUCUGAGGCGCCUCAUUGUAUUGCUUUUUGAUUAUGCCAACACACUUAAGCCAAUCGCCGAUCUCACACCUAGUGAAAAGAUAUCGAUAAUUCAUAACUGUGUGUCACAAUUUGCACUUCUUGUUGUUGCAUACCACACUGUUCGUAAUACUGAUAUGGUCAGCGGCACAAUUUUACUACCUAGUGGGCAUUAUUUCCAUCGUGAAAAACCUGUUAUUAUCACUGGGCAAUGUGAAGAUAAACAAAUCAUAUUGCUGGAAUCCCGAAUUGAGAUUGUAAAGAAAAACAUUCUGGAUGUUGUUUUGAGUCCAAUGCGACGUUUGGGAUUUACCGAAAUCGAGAUGGUUGCACUGAAAGCGAUAAUUGCUCUGGAUCCGAGUGCUGCAAAUCUUACACCUCAGUCUGCAUCCUUACUGGCUGUAGCUCGUGGAUCUGUUCAGAAUGCACUUUAUGCUCAUCUCAGUAGUCGUCUUUCACCAGCCGAGGCGACAACUCGCUUUGGCAACCUUCUGCUUUUGAUUGCCGGUCUUUCCAAAAUGGGUGCGGCGUUGUGUGGUAUGAUGCAGUUAUGUCGUGACCUUUCAAUAAACAUUGAUCCAGUAGUUGAUGGACUAUUUUUUAACGACUCUUACUGUUUCAAUUGUUAUGAUUUAGCUGCAACUUCAGUGAAAGUUGUUGAGUUGGUUAUCGCUGGUAUCUGGAACGGGCCUACAUUUUGCUGGUCUCUUGGGCGGGGCUGUCAUCGGGCAUUCGUUAAUCAUUGGAAAGAGGAUUUAGACUUUACUUGUUUCUCAACUUUUCAUUGGGACCAUUAUGUAUUGGAACUCACUAAUGAAAUAAAUGCAUCGAUAGUGGAGUUUCCUGCAUUACCAUGUUGCAAACUAAGUUCAUUGGGAUUGGUUUUAGAUGAAAAAGAGGAAUGA